AUGGCAAAGUUGCUGGCUUCAGUUGCAGCGCUCGGCUGUGCGCUUUGUGCCUGCGAAGUCCUACGCACAACGUGCAAUGGGCUGCGCUCUUGCGCCUUCUCUCUCCACCUGUUGCCACACUGGCGUUCACGGUCAGCGAUGCGCGCGGAGAAGACCUCAAAGCAGAAGCUGCCUAGAUGGCUCUCGGAGUUGCAAGAUGAAGGAUUGAUGGAAGAGAAGCCAGAUCCCAAUAUGUGCAUCCUACUGGCCUGCGACGCCGCCAAGAGGAGUGAUCUCCCCGCAGCGGAGCAGUGGCUACGCACCGCCGCCAGCUUCGCACCUGCAGCACCUGAGGCCGCAGCCAAUCUUUGGCAGGUCAUUGGGCAAUGUGUUCCGUUGCCUGUAGCCGAGCGAUGGCUGUCCAUCCUCCACAACGCAUCCUCGGGAGCAUCACUUCCCCCGGGGGCCGCAGAAGCGCUGCUCAGAGCUGCCGCACGAGGGUGCAAUCUGGAGGGAGCAGAGAGAUGGUUUCAGGCAUUCCAGCAGCAAGAAGACCAGAAUGCUACGGUGGAUCAGUCCCUGUGCUUGCGGCUCCUCAGCUGCUCCUUGCAGAGUGGCAACACUUCAAUGGCUGAACAGUGGAUCAAGCGAGUAGUUCAGGCCGGUGCCAACGCCUCCGAAAUCACCAUGCGAAUGAUGAAGGACAGCGCUGCGCGCCGUGCCUAUGAAGCGGUGAUCCGGCAAAAGGCGGAGGCCAAGGAUCUGGUCGCAGCACGGACGUGGUACGAGCCCUGGCAGGGAUAG